AUGUACGACGACGAAAACGACGGCGGACCGCGAACUGUGCGACACCACGGUAAACACCAUAAAAUGGCACCGCCAAACCGAUGGCCCGGUGCCGCGGACGGUCUUCCGGGUGGCGGUGAUAUGAUCGUGCAUCAUCAUGGUCGCCACGAAAUGCUCGCCGACAACCUCAACGACACAUCGGCAGGAACGCCGCCGCCACCACACGUCCUGCACGCCACGUCGGUCAGCAUGUGUUAUACGACCAACGAAGUAUUAGUCAUUAUCGCCGUCACGUGUUUCCUGAACUUUGCGUUCAUACUACUUAUAAUGACGUGUGUGCACUGCUUCACGGACCCGUCACAUCACAAAAAGUAAAAAUACGACUUUUUUCCCAUACUUUGUUCUAGUCUCCCUCCCACCUGGCGCUCUACCUAUUUAAGCGUAUAACGUUAGUACCAAUAAUACUGACCACGAACCGUACCGUUUUUAUACGUUGAUUUAUAAAAAACUAAAAGUUAAUGAUUUUAGGUAUAUUUUAAAUUUUAAUAUUCUAGUUGAAGUUUAUAAAAAUAAACAUUUAAUUAUCUUCUUAGACCAUGAUCAUGUACAAGAUACAAAAAUAAUAUUUGUUUUAUAUAAUGGUCUAAACUAUAUGCCAAACUUUAAAUUUUUAACUUUAACCAUUUAUUACUAUUAGUAGCUUUAAAUACCACCUAUUUAUAGUUUUUCUUCUAUUUUAACCUUUUUUCUAGUUUUAAUAUUGUAUACUAUAUUUUUAUAUUCUAAUAUUAAUUAUCAUAACAUGUUAUUUAUGUAGGUACAAUUGUAAUUGUUAAGGAUCACUCCCCCAGAACAUGCUUGACUUAUAGAAGUUGCUGCAAUUUAAUUUAUGUGUAGUAUCUAUUAAAUUUAUCACCUGUUAUUUUUUACAAAAUGCAUAUUAAAUAAAUAAAUAAAUAUUCAUAGGUUCGGGGCUGUUGCGUACGCUGAGCUAGGUGACGAGCUGUUCGAUGGGGACAUGGUGGACGCAGACACGGUAACGCUGUUGAACCCGACGAAACCACCGCCGGGUCAAGACGACGACUGUGGCUUACCGCCGUACGACCGCAAAAUAGCCGCCGAGUACGACGCCGAAUCGUGUGCGUCCUACCAAAGCCUGGUCCGUCACGAACACCGGUACAAGUCCAACCGGAGAUCCGAAGAGGAACUGUUCCUGUUCGAAUGA